AUGGACUCAACAAAAGAAAGAGUUGAAGGAACUAAAGCAGUAGUCAUAGAAAUACUAGGAAGAAUAGGUGAGAAUCUUAAAAAUAGACUAGGAUCUAGAGGAAAUAUAACUUAGGUAAAGGUGUAUGUGGUGGAUCAUUAAAGAACAUUAAUAAGGAAUGUCAUGGGUCCAGUUCGUAAAGGAGACAUUUUAGAGCUCAUGGAAUGUGAGAGAGAAGCUAAAAGAGUAAGAUGAUUUGAUGAACGUGUGACAUUGUAAACUUAAAUCUAUAACCCAGAUUGCUAAAACAUCACAAAGCCGAAUAUAUUGUUAUUAUAUUUAUAUAAUAUAUAUUAUUAUGUUAAUUAAAAUUAGACCGAAAAACAAAAAUACUACCAACUAAACGUUUCAAAAUUCAUUCAAUGCAAGCAAAUAGCAAAUCUGUCCCCAAGCAGAUGAAACUAUUCAAGAUUUUAAUGAAUUAGGCUUAAAUGUAUAUCAUCCUUCAAAUAAUGGGAAAAAUUUAUAAACUUAAAUGGAUGAAUAGAUGAUAAUUGUGGAAGUAAGCAUAUUGAAUCAUCAUAUAAGAAUUCUCAGAAGAAGUAAAUCAUUGUGAAUCUAAAUAAAAAGACCAUUAAAAAGGUUAAAAGAUACAUAGAAACUCCUUAAAUUAUUUUAGAAAGAAUAAAAAAUACAUAGACUGAAGUAUGAUAUUCCUAUAUCAAGUAAAACCCAACUUGCAGAAUAUGUCUCGAAUAAGAUUCAUUAGAUAAACUUAUUUCUCCAUGCAAUUGUGAUGGAACUAUCAAAUAUAUUCACAUGGAUUGUUUAAAGACAUGGCUUCUGAGUAAAUUCUCGAUUGAUAAUUUGAUUGAUAGUAAAGUUAUAAGAAAUUGAGUUUUAGGCUUAAUGCGAAUUAUGUAAUAGCUUUCUAUAGUGUUCAUUAACUUUUUCUAAUAAAUAUGUCUGUUCAAGAUUGAAAC